UCCCUUUGCCCGGCGUUCAGAGCGUUCUCCUGUUCUGUUCUCGUCCCCGCCCCGUCUUCCUCCCGCUGCGCCCGAGCGGAUGGCCGGGCUCCUGACUCUGAUGCCGCCGCUGCUGGCGCUGGCGCUGGCGCAGGCGGGCGUGGCGGGCGCCGCGGGCUCCGUGCGCCUGGCGGGCGGCCUCACGCUGGGCGGCCUGUUCCCCGUGCACGCGCGGGGAGCAGCGGGCAGGGCGUGCGGGCCGCUGAAGAAGGAGCAAGGAGUGCACCGGCUCGAGGCCAUGCUGUAUGCGCUGGACCGCGUGAACGCCGACCCGGACCUGCUGCCCGGGGUGCGCCUGGGCGCCCGGCUGCUCGACACCUGCUCGCGGGACACGUACGCGCUGGAGCAGGCGCUGAGCUUCGUGCAGGCGCUGAUCCGCGGCCGCGGCGACGGCGACGAGGCGGCAGUGCGCUGCCCCGGAGGCGUCCCCCCGCUGCGCGCCGCGCCCCCCGAGCGCGUGGUGGCUGUCGUGGGCGCCUCGGCCAGCUCUGUCUCCAUCAUGGUCGCCAACGUGCUGCGUCUGUUUGCGAUACCCCAGAUUAGCUACGCCUCCACAGCCCCUGAGCUCAGCGACUCCACACGCUAUGACUUCUUCUCCCGCGUGGUGCCACCUGACUCCUACCAGGCCCAGGCCAUGGUAGACAUCGUGCGGGCACUGGGAUGGAACUACGUGUCCACGCUGGCCUCUGAGGGCAACUAUGGCGAGAGUGGGGUUGAGGCCUUUGUGCAAAUUUCCCGAGAGGCUGGGGGGGUCUGUAUUGCCCAGUCCAUCAAGAUUCCCAGAGAACCAAAGCCUGGAGAGUUCAACAAGGUGAUCAGGAGACUCAUGGAGACACCCAACGCCAGGGGCAUCAUCAUCUUUGCCAACGAGGAUGACAUCAGGAGGGUCUUGGAGGCUGCACGCCAGGCCAACCUGACAGGCCACUUCCUGUGGGUUGGCUCAGACAGCUGGGGAGCCAAGAUCUCACCCAUUCUGAACCUGGAAGAAGUGGCUGUGGGGGCCAUCACCAUCCUGCCCAAAAGGGCCUCCAUCGAUGGAUUUGACCAGUAUUUCAUGACUCGCUCUCUGGAGAACAACCGUCGGAACAUCUGGUUUGCCGAGUUCUGGGAAGAGAAUUUUAACUGCAAGCUGAUCAGCUCAGGUACCCAGUCAGACGAUUCCACCCGCAAAUGCACAGGUGAGAGCUGCCCAGAGUGGCAAGGGUGGCGCGGGAGAAGGUGGGAAGCCAGGCUGGUCACCUGGGGGCCAGGCACGCUUCCUCUGGGCAUCCCUAGGACAGGUGAGGAACGCAUCGGCCGGGACUCUGCCUACGAGCAGGAGGGGAAGGUGCAAUUUGUGAUCGACGCUGUGUACGCCAUCGCCCACGCCCUCCACAGCAUGCACCAGGCCCUCUGCCCCGGGCACACAGGCCUGUGCCCGGCCAUGGAGCCCACCGAUGGGCGGACACUGCUACAGUAUAUUCGAGCCGUACGUUUCAAUGGCAGUGCAGGAACCCCUGUGAUGUUCAAUGAGAAUGGGGACGCACCAGGGCGAUACGACAUCUUCCAGUAUCAGGCGACCAACGGCAGUGCGGGCAGCGGCGGCUACCAGGCCGUGGGCCAGUGGGCGGAGACCCUCAGGCUGGACGUGGAAGCCCUGCAGUGGUCGGGAGACCCCCACGAGGUCCCCGCGUCUCAGUGCAGCCUGCCCUGUGGGCCAGGGGAGCGGAAAAAGAUGGUGAAGGGUGUCCCCUGCUGUUGGCACUGCGAGGCCUGCGACGGCUACCGCUUCCAGGUGGACGAGUUCACGUGCGAGGCCUGCCCCGGGCACAUGAGGCCCACGCGCAACCACACGGGCUGCCGCCCCACACCCGUGGUCCGCCUGUCCUGGUCCUCGCCCUGGGCAGCCCCGCCCCUCCUCCUGGCCGUGCUGGGCAUCAUGGCCACCACCACGGUGGUGGCCACCUUUGUGCGGCACAACAACACGCCCAUCGUCCGGGCUUCCGGCCGCGAGCUCAGCUACGUCCUCCUCACGGGCAUCUUCCUCAUUUACGCCAUCACCUUCCUCAUGGUGGCCGAGCCCGGGGCGGCUGUCUGCGCGGCUCGCAGGCUCUUCCUUGGCCUGGGCACCACCCUCAGCUACUCUGCCUUGCUCACCAAGACCAACCGCAUCUACCGCAUCUUCGAGCAAGGGAAGCGCUCGGUGACACCCCCGCCCUUCAUCAGCCCCACCUCCCAACUUGUCAUUACCUUCAGCCUCACCUCCGUGCAGGUGGUGGGAGUGAUGGCGUGGCUGGGGGCCCAGCCCCCACACAGCGUGAUCGACUAUGAAGAACAGCGGACAGUGGACCCAGAGCAGGCCAGAGGGGUGCUCAAGUGCGACAUGUCAGAUCUGUCCCUUAUCGGCUGCCUGGGCUACAGCCUCCUGCUCAUGGUCACAUGCACGGUGUAUGCCAUCAAGGCCCGUGGUGUGCCCGAGACCUUCAACGAGGCCAAGCCCAUUGGCUUCACCAUGUACACCACCUGCAUCAUCUGGCUGGCUUUUGUGCCCAUCUUCUUUGGCACUGCCCAGUCAGCUGAAAAGGUAACCCUGGGUCCCCUGUCAGUUUCACCGCCUUGUUUGUUUCCUGCCUGUCCACAGAAGGGAUCCAUCAUCCCAAGACCUGGGCCCCCCAUGGGAACAAUUGCUUGGUUGGCUGAUUCAUUCAUGUACCUCUUCUUCUGUCCAGUCUCCUCUGCUUGUUCAUUCAGUUGUCUCUUCUUCCUUUGUUCAUCCAGGCUUCCAGCCAUCGAUUGACUUGCUUUUAUGCAAUUACUUCAUAUACUUCAUACCUACCAAUCCAAGAAUCUAUUGGCCCAUUUGUUUGACCAUUAUGCAGUCAUUUAUUCAUGCAUACACUGGAACGUUUGUUUAUUCGCCCCUGUUAUCCUUUUGUUUGCUCACUUGCUCCCUUACUCAGUUUUGAUUCAUCCAUUCAUUGGUACAUUUGAAAACACAUCCGUUCAUUCAUCCACACGUACUAGCCCAUUUUUAGGUGUGUGGACUUGUUCCCCAGGUGUUGUUCUCCAUGAAUGAGCCUCUCCCUUCCCUUGGUCACUUGUCCACUCAGACCAGUGUGACUCCCCCUCCUUCCUGCCUGGACCAGAGCCACAUGGUGACCGCCACUUCUUCCUGCCCCAGGGCCUUCGCUUACACCGUUCCCCUUUUUCCAGUGCUCAUUCCCAUUCACGGGACUGAAAAAGACUCCCCCCCAGGCUGUGUGGGGGGGUGGAGGGUGGGAAAGAACAGGGCUGAGUCCCAUCUGGUCCCUUCCUCCAUGGCUUAGAUCUACAUCCAAACCACCACACUGACUGUGUCCUUAAGCCUGAGUGCGUCGGUGUCCCUCGGCAUGCUCUAUGUACCCAAAACCUACGUCAUCCUGUUCCACCCGGAGCAGAAUGUGCAGAAGCGGAAACGGAGCCUCAAGGCAACGUCCACAGUGGCUGCGCCACCCAAAGGCGAGGACACAGAAGCCCCCAAGUAGCGAGCUGGGGAUGAAUGGGACAGUGGCUCCCUCUCCUCUCUUCUUUUCUUUCCCUCACUUCGUGGUGGAAGCUGUGAAGCAUUCAGGCCUGCUGUGAGCAGUCAGGGAGAGGCAUCCUCCAAGGCCACAGCCAGCAGGAUGGGGCCAGCCUGGACCCACAUGCCACAUCUCAGACCUCCUUUUCUGUGCAUGGUGGCUCGUACUCCCUCACAGCAGUCCAGACUUUCUACUCAUGGUGGGAAACAGCUGCCAAGAGGAUUCUCCUCUGGAGAGAGACUAAGCUUACACUCACUAGUGAGAAGUUCAGGGAUCUCAACGAAGCCCUGGGCUUGGCCCACUGGGAGUGGAUUUCCCCCCUUAAGACAACCCCUAGAAUCUGGGGAUUGGGCAGCCUGUGAGAAUGUGUAGAUCCCAGAGUGAAAUUCAGGGUUAGAUCAGCAGUUUCCAUAAGAGCCCGGUGCAUCUGUAUUUUGGACUGAGGUGUGGGCUUGGGGAAAUGUUUUGUUGGUACAGAGGCAUCGGGGCCCUGAGUGAGAACCCUGUGAGAGGAGGAUGGACUGGCACAGGACGGGGCUGUGAGCAGAAGAACUGGGACGCCCCCAUGAGGUUGUUUGUAUCAAGGUCUUCUCCUCCAGAUCUUCUCUCCUGGGACCUGGGAGAUGUCCCACUUAGACUCCAGCUUUUUUCCUCUCCUAGGUACACUCCCUUAAAUGAACCCCAAGCAUUAAGAAAGUCAGAUACACCUGUGAGGUGGUAGGGGUGUGAGACCAGUGGUGUUUGCCCUCCUGUGACGCCUCUGAGGGAUGGUGUUCUCGAGGUGCAGGUUGGGACCAGUGACAGAAAGAGUUGUGCCCAUGGUGAAGAUUAACUGCAAGUGGACAACUCAGGAUGGAUAUCAAAACUCUUCUCUCCCAGUAUUUACUCGCAGGUCCCUUUUGAAAGGCAGGCAAGAGGCAUGAGGAAGACAAUGCUUGGACUUUAGAUGCAUUUUUCAUUCAACUUUUUUGAACAAAAAGUUUGGUGUAAGUUAUGGAGUUUUAUUUCCCUAGGGUAGAAUUUAAAUUUGUUAUAUCGACUCUUUUUAAUCAGUAUGAGUUGUCUAGUUUUGUUUUGUUUGUUUGGUUUUUUUGGCCACAUCUGUGGCAUAUGGAAGUUCCCAGGCUAGGGGUCAAAUUAGAGCUGCAGCUGCAUCUCAUGGCAAUGCCAGAUCCUUAACCCACUGAGCGAGGCUAAAUACUAAGCAAGCGAAUACUAAGUUGGGUUCAUUUCCAUUGAGCAACAAUGGGAAGUCCUGAGUUCUCUAGUUUCUAAUGUCUGACUCUGAAGAUCAAACACACUUCAUACAGGAGUUCCCGCUGUGGCACAGCAGAAAUGAAUCCGACUAGGAAUGAUGAGGUUACAGGUUCAAUCUCUGGC